UAUUGAUUUUUUUUAUUCAUUAUAGAGCUACGGCUCAAAUUUGCUGAGAUGAUGUUUCCAUAUCUGUUUAUAGGUAACCAUCUGGACAAACUCACCAAAGAGGAUCUAUUGCCGACUUGCCGUCAAGAAGCGUAGAAUCUCUCGAUUCCACCAGCACAUAUGGUGCAAAUAUAAAACAUGCCAUCCAGAAAGAAUUUUUUGAUAUUAUCCUCGGAAAACAUGGAUUCUGAUGAGGUGCUUAGCAGAAAGGACUUUGGUGGUUCUCUGCCUGUUGAGAAUGUACAAGCUCUGGCGUCCAAGAGCUUUAAGGACAUCCCACCACAGUACCUCUUGACAGAGAUGGAGAAUGAGGAAUUGUUCAUUGAUGAUUCUCUCCAAAUUCCAGUGAUUGAUAUGAGCAAACUUGGCUCUAAAGAUGAACUGGAAAAACUUCAUCUGGCUUGCCGAGAAUGGGGCUUCUUUCAGUUGAUCAACCAUAGAGUACCAGAAGAGGUGAUUGAGAAGAUGAAGACUGACACACAGGAGUUCUUCCAGCUGCCAUUAGAGGAGAAGAAAGUUUAUGCACAGCUACCAAAUAACAUUGAAGGAUACGGCCAAGCCUUUGUUGUAUCUGAAGAUCAAAAACUUGACUGGAGUGACAUGCUCUUCCUGCUUCCCCAACCUGUCCAUCAGAGAAAUAUGAGAUUCUGGCCUACCAUUCCCACUUCUUUCAGAGAAACUUUGGACAAAUACUCAUUGGAGCUGCAAAGACUUACAAUCAACCUUCUGAAAAUGGUGGCCCAGAACCUGAGGCAGGAACCUGAGAAGCUCACAAGCAUGUUUGAGGAUGGAACACAGGGGGUCAGAAUGAACUACCAUCCACCUUGCAUUCAAGCUAACAAGGUUAUGGGCCUCACGCCACACUCUGAUGCCACUGGUUUAACUCUGCUGACACAAGUUAAUGACGUCCAAGGACUACAAAUCAAGAAAAAUGGUAAAUGGAUAUCCAUUGAACCCAUCCCUGGAGCAUUCAUUGUCAACAUUGGUGACGUCUUUGAAAUCAUGAGCAAUGGAAAAUAUAAGAGCAUUGAGCACAGGGCUAUUGUGAACCCAACAAUAGAACGUCUUUCAAUUGCAGCAUUCCAUAGUCCAAAUAUAAGCACUAUGAUUGGUCCUCUGCCAGAUAUAAUGAAGGGGGAAAAAGCUAUUUACAAGACUUUAAACCAUGAAGACUACGUGAGAGUUGUUUUAGCCAACAAACUUGAUGGUAAGACCACAUUAGACCAUAUGAAAAUCUGAUCAGUCAAAGACUGAUGA